AUGUACUUUAUUUCUUUUUCUUUCUUUCUUUCUCUAUCUUUUUUUUCUUUCUUUAAAAAUUAUUUCUUACAUUCAUUUUUUCUUUCUUUAACUACUUUUUUGUUUUUCCUUUCGUUUUUUUUUAUUUCUCUCUUUCCUUUUCUUUCAUUCUCAAAAUCAUUCUUUACCUGUUCUUGUAUUAUCUGCUUAUCUUUCUUUCAAGAAAUAUAUUUUUCAUUCUUUCUUUUUUUCUUUCUUUCAAGAAACAUAUUUUUUCUUUCUUUCAAGAAACAUAUUUUUUCUUUCUUUUAUUCUUUUGCGAAAUAUAUUAUUCUUUCUUUUACGAAAUAUAUUUUCUUUCUUCAUUUUCUUUAUUUUUUAUUUCUUUCAAUCUUUCAUAAAGCAUAUUUUUCUUUCUUUCUUUAUUUAUUUAUUUAUUUUACCAAAUAUAAUUUUCUUUCUUUCACGAAAUAUAUUUUUCUUUCUUUCACGAAAUAUAUUUUCUUUCUUUGUUUGUUUCUUUCAAGAAACAAAAUUUUUCUUUCUUUCAAGAAACAUAUUUUUUCUUUCUUUUAUUGUUUUGCGAAAUAUAUUAUUCUUUCUUUCACAAAAUAUAUUUUCUUUCUUCAUUUUCUUUCUUUUUUAUUUCUUUCAAUCUUUCAUAAAGCAUAUUUUUCUUUCUUUCUUCUUUUCUUUCUUUCUUUCUUUCAUUCUUUUACGAAAUAUUUUCUUUCUUUUUUCUUUCUUUCUUUCAAGAAACAUAUUUUUUCUUUCUUUUAUUCUUUUGCGAAAUAUAUUAUUCUUUCUUUCACGAAAUAUACUUUAUUUCUUCAUUUUCUUUCUUUUUUAUUUCUUUCAAUCUUUCAUGAAGCAUAUUUUCUUUUUUCUUUUUUUUUUUUCUUUCUUUUACCAAAUAUAAUUUUCUUUCUUUCACGAAAUAUGUUUUUCUUUCUUUCACGAAAUAUAUUUUCUUUCUUUGUUUCUUUCUUUCAAGAAACAAAAUUUUUCUUUCUUUCAAGAAACAUAUUUUUUCUUUCUUUUAUUCAUAUUUUUCUUUCUUUCUUCUUUUCUUUCUUUCAUUCUUUUACGAAAUAUUUUCUUUCUUUUUUCUUUCUUUCUUUCAAGAAACAUAUUUUUUCUUUCUUUUAUUCUUUUGCGAAAUAUAUUAUUUUUUCUUUCACGAAAUAUACUUUAUUUCUUCAAUUUCUUUCUUUUUUAUUUCUUUCAAUCUUUCAUGAAGCAUAUUUUUUCUUUCUUUCUUUCUUUCUUUCUUUCUUUCUUUUGCCAAAUAUAAUUUUCUUUCUUUCACGAAAUAUGUUUUCCUUUCUUUCACGAAAUAUAUUUUCUUUCUUUGUUUCUUUCUUUCAAGAAACAAAAUUUUUCUUUCUUUCAAGAAACAUAUUUUUUCUUUCUUUUAUUCUUUUGCGAAAUAUAUUAUUCUUUCUUUCACGAAAUAUAUUUUAUUUCUUUAUUUUCUUUCUUUUUUAUUUCUUUCAAUCUUUCAUAAAGCAUAUUUUUCUUUCUUUCUUCUUUUCUUUCUUUCUUUCUUUCAUUCUUUUACGAAAUAUGUUUUCUUUCUUUCACGAAAUAUAUUUUUCUUUUUCUUUCGCGAAAUAUAAUAUUUUUUCUUUCUUUUAUUCUUUUGCGAAAUAUAUUAUUCUUUCUUUUACGAAAUAUACUUUAUUUCUUCAUUUUCUUUCUUUUUUAUUUCUUUCAAUCUUUCAUGAAGCAUAUUUUUCUUUCUUUCUUUCUUUCUUUCUUUCUUUCUUUCUUUAUUUCUUUCUUUUACCAAAUAUAAUUUUCUUUCUUUCACGAAAUAUGUUUUUCUUUCUUUCACGAAAUAUAUUUUCUUUCUUUGUUUCUUUCUUUCAAGAAACAAAAUUUUUCUCUCUUUCAAGAAACAUAUUUUUUCUUUCUUUUAUUCUUUUGCGAAAUAUAUUAUUCUUUCUUUCACGAAAUAAAUUUUAUUUCUUCAUUUUCUUUCUUUUUUAUUUCUUUCAAUCUUUCAUAAAGCAUAUUUUUCUUUCUUUCUUCUUUUCUUUCUUUCUUUCUUUCAUUCUUUUACGAAAUAUGUUUUCUUUCUUUCACGAAAUAUAUUUUUCUUUUUCUUUCGCGAAAUAUAGUUUCUUUCUUUGUUUGUUUCUUUCAAGAAACAAAAUUUUUCUUACUUUCAAGAAACAUAUUUUUUCUUUCUUUUAUUCUUUUGCGAAAUAUAUUAUUCUUUCUUUCAGGCAAUAUAUUUUCUUUCUUCAUUUUCUUUAUUUUUUAUUUCUUUCAAUCUUUCAUGAAGCAUAUUUUUCUUUCUUUCUUUCUUUCUUUCUUUCUUUCUUUCUUUCUUUCUUUCUUUCUUUUACCAAAUAUAAUUUUCUUUCUUUCACGAAAUAUGUUUUUCUUUCUUUCACGAAAUAUAUUUUCUUUCUUUGUUUCUUUCUUUCAAGAAACAAAAUUUUUCUUUCUUUCAAGAAACAUAUUUUUUCUUUCUUUUAUUCUUUUGCGAAAUAUAUUAUUCUUUCUUUCACGAAAUAUAUUUUCUUUCUUCAUUUUCUUUAUUUUUUAUUUCUUUCAAUCUUUCAUAAAGCAUAUUUUUCUUUCUUUCUUCUUUUCUUUCUUUCUUUCUUUCAUUCUUUUACGAAAUAUUUUCUUUCUUUUUUCUUUCUUUCUUUCAAGAAACAUAUUUUUUCUUUCUUUCAUUCUUUUGCGAAUUAUAUUAUUCUUUCUUUCAGGCAAUAUAUUUUCUUUCUUCAGUUUCUUUAUUUUUUAUUUCUUUCAAUCUUUCAUAAACAUAUUUUUUCUUUCUUUCUUCUUUUCUUUCUUUUACGAAAUAAAUUUUUCUUUUUCUUUCACGAAAUAUAUAUUUUCUUUUUCUUUCACGAAAUAUAUUUUCUUUCUUUCUUUUUUUUAAUUACUUUCUUUUUACGUAAAUGGCUGUCGUCGUUUUUUCUUCUCUUGAAACCCGAGUCAAUUUUACGAGAUUAA